AUGGCAAAUUCGUACGGUUUUGUGGACACCGUCAAAAGAAGCGUGAAGAAGAUUUGCUCAGGAGGAGAGUCCCUAGAAGAUUCACUUCAGACGUUUCUAACCGUAUACCGUUCCACUCCAACACCGGAUCUUGGCGGACAGUCACCUGCUGAAAGAAUGCUAGGAAGGUCAAUGCGAACAGUAGCAGCUCUUUUGAAACCUCCAGAACGUCAGCAGCAGUCCAAGAAAGUCGAACGGAAGGGUGAUGUUACCAACCGUCAGGAUUCUCCAAGAUGCUACAAACAAGGCGAUACGGUGUAUGCCCAAGUUCACCAAGGCAAUUCGUGGAGCUGGAUACCUGGUAGGAUCAUCGAGCGUGUCGGAAAAGUUAAUUACAACGUUUUGCUGAAUCGAAAUAGUCGACUAAUCCGAUCGCACAUCAAUCAACUACGAAAUCGAGUUGAAGUUGAAGAGCAACCGUUACAUCAAGAUUCACCACUCACGGUUUUCCUCGAUGAAUUUGGUCUUCGACAAAUGCCGACUACAGAUUCAAGAAAUGAAGGUCAAAUACCUGCUGGUGUAGAUGUUCCAAUGGUUCCAAUCGAUGAAGUUUCUUCCUUACCGAUGCCCGAGUUGGUAGAACCCAUACCCGAACAAGAUGAGCUACAAAAUGAAUCCGAACCAGAAUCGAAAGAUGAAGAACCUCGUGCAAACCCAGAAACACCGGAACGCCCUAGACGAUUGCUUAGGCUCCCAUCCAAGCUUCAAGGAUAUUGGUUGUUUUAA